AUGGCCCCAUUGCCUUCUACUCCUCCUCCUCGCCGACCUGCAUCUAGCAGGAUACGUACUCGACCGCGAUCAGCAGGCGCAAUCCACUCUGACAAAUCCACCCCUGCAAACACUACCUCUGAACCUCCUCGCAAAAAGACUCGCUACAUACCAGGUGGCCCAGGAGGCGGUGGCAGAUACAUCGACGACAACGGUAACGAGCUACCAGUUGGAGGGACAGGCCCAGGAGGAUAUAAUUACGUCGGUCCGCGCGGGCCAGUUGGGCGGGAAAACGCUGCUAUGGGCUUGGUGCCUCAAGUUUACAGCCGUCGAGACAGAAGCACACGAACGCGAACCGUCCUACCACGAUCGCAACAGCCCCCCAUGAGGUUCACAUCUGCAGCUCAGGCUGCCGCAGUAGUACAGAGUGAUGGAUACAAACCGCGAGAAGAGCGCGCCUGGGAAGAAUUCCACCCAAAUCUCGAGAUUGACGCCCCUCUACGUGCUUUUAGUGCCCAGGAGGUUGAUGGCAUGUUAGAUUCGAGGCCUGUCACAACUGGCAACGGCGAAGGAACCGUUAACGGAGUGCGUACUCCUAACGGCAUACUCGGCUCCAAGGGGAAGAGUGACGGAUUUCCCACACCAAUAGGCACAUUCAAUGGAGAGCCUGUGACUAUCAGCAUACCGGGGACGCCUGGUGGAGGUAAGAGAAGGCCAGGAAGACCUCCCAAGGAUCCUGUUGCGUUUUUCACUGCCAAAGCAAUGAGAGAAUUUGGCGCCAAUGUCGUUAUAGCCACUGGCAUUGGUGGUACCCCGAGAACACCGAAGGUCAUGCCACCAGUAAUAAACAUCAACGCGAAGGAACGCCUAACUCUGCCGCAGCCUUCAUACCGGAAAACGGACACGCUCGCACGGUUCGAAGACAAGGCUCUGGGACUAGUUCGAUAUGUAGACAAGUCUAUGGCCAAUGUUGGGUACCAGGAGAGUGACAUAUUUGUCCGUCCUGAACGUACCCUGAUCAAGGUCUCUGAUGGAAAUCUUGAUGACGAUCUCGAUCUUGGACCCGGAAAUAAAACGGACCUGGAAGCCACAGUUGCUGUCGGGGGCAGUAGUUUGGGACGCGUUGAGUACGACAUGGAUGAACAGGAUGACAAGUGGUUGGAAGCAUAUAACGCUGAACGCAAAGGAUCCAACCUCGAGCUGAUUACCCGAGAAGUCUUUGAAAUUACCAUCACAAAGAUCGAAAAAGAAUGGCACGCACUUGAGAGACGCAUCCCGAAGCCAAAUCCCAAACCACCGCAAACUCAUCGGCCUAGGUCAAGUUCUGCUGCAGCUGUGAACGGCGAGCCACAAGCCGGGGAAGAACAAGACAGCAAAUGUGCUAUCUGUGACGAUGGAGAUUGCGAGAACACGAAUGCUAUCGUAUUUUGCGAUGGGUGUGAUCUGGCGGUACAUCAGGAGUGUUAUGGUGUGCCAUUCAUUCCCGAAGGACAGUGGUUAUGCCGUAAAUGUCAAUUGAUUGGCCGUGGCAUCCCGACAUGUAUAUUCUGUCCGAAUACGGAGGGUGCUUUCAAACAGACAAACGCCUCGAAAUGGGCACAUCUUCUCUGCGCGAUGUGGAUUCCCGAAGUCUCACUUGGAAACCAUACUUUCAUGGAGCCGGUCAUGGAAGUCGAAAAGGUUCCUAAGACUCGAUGGAGGUUGAGCUGCUAUCUCUGCAACCAACGCAUGGGUGCCUGUAUUCAAUGCGGAAACAAGUCGUGCUACCAGGCCUUCCAUGUGACGUGCGCACGAAGAGCUCACUUAUUUCUCAAGAUGAAAAACAACCAAGGCACGCUUGCAGUGCUUGAUGGCACUACGGUGCUAAAAGCUUUUUGCGACAAGCAUUGUCCUUCGGAUUACGCGAAAGAAAAUGAAGUCGCCCUAGCUACUCGAGAUGCCAAAGCAUUCUACAAGAGGACAAUGCGUGGUCGUCUCUGGGCUGAUAGCCAAGCAUCCGCCUUAACAAUGGCGGCAACACAUCAACAUGCUGUUACCGAGCACCAGCCCGGCGAAUCGCAGCUCACCGGAAUCAAGGUUGCAUUGACAAUGGGCGAAAGCAAGAAGAAAGGCAACCAACCCCAAAAGCCGGUCUGGAAGCUCCCAUCCGGCGCCCCAGUCAUUCCGAAAUACUGUUUUGAAAACGUGGUACACUCACUUGGACGCUUCACCAUCCAGAAACGCAAAGAAUACGCGGCAGAUGCUUGUCGAUACUGGACUCUUAAAAGAGAAGCGCGGAGGGGAGCAGCCUUACUCAAGCGAUUGCAACUUCAAAUGGAGACGUUUUCUUCCAUGGAAAUCACUCGAAGAAACUUUUCUGGAAUGGGACCUGCGGGCAGAACAAGACUGAAUCGUAGAAUCGAGUUUGCGCAAACCCUCAUCCAAGAUCUGGAAAAGCUCAAGUCCCUAUCAGAGGAUGUCGUGAAGCGCGAAGCAGAGAAAUACCAUGCAGUAGAGUUGGAGGAGGAUGUUGUUGACUCCGUCUACUUCCCGGUAGCCAAGAUGUUACCUAUCAUUGUCGAAAAAGCCUUAACCCUUGAUAUCAGGCUUCUUUUCACAGAUGCACUGCUGAAAAUGCGCAAGAAAGUCGAGAGCCGAUUCUACACUACAGCUAUGGCGUUUGCAAACGACCUUUGCAAUAUCAUCCGCAGUGGCAUCAUUUCUGAACCUCCGAUAAGACCUGAAACCGCGGUUUCGAGAGAGCUUGAGCGUGGAUCUACCAUCAAGAAGGUCCCUCUCGAUCUUAAGGAGCGCCGCAGACAGGGCAAACGGAUCAUCACCAGUAACAAGGCUCAACUAGAAGCUGCAGUGAGGGCGGAGGCAGAAAUCAGUGGCAAACCUGUCGAUGCGCUCCUCCAAGAAUUGCAACAGAUGGUCGAUUCCAGUUACAUUGCUAGUCACGACUCCAUAUCUGUAUCACUAGGAGAUGCGGCUUCUGUCGGAGACAUCGAUGCCGACCAGGAUGUCGAGAUGGCGGAGACUACGCAAAGCAAACCCGCAGAGCAACUUCACGGAGACCAGGAUACAUCUGCUGUUCCUCCAUCCGGGGACGUGGAAAUGCAAGAUACUGACGCCCCAGGCGAAAAAGUUGACGACACGGUUGUGGCAACCCCCACAGGUGACGAUACAAUCAAAGUAGAUACUCCGCUUGCUGAAAUCGAUGGAAACAUCCCUCAGAAGGUAUCUCAGACAGACGAAAUGAAAAAUACAGAUACGCCACCCGCGGAGACGAACGGAUAUGUCUCGCCUCACGAGGUUGCGCAACCUGCUCCGCCGACUCCUCCGGUCUCGAACGGGGAUUCAAACACCGAGCAAGUUUCCAACACCGAGCAGGUUGAUGUACUGGCAAAUGGGGGUAUCCCUUACUAUUUGAAGGACUUUGAACCAGAAGGCACCAGUCUCCUACAGGCUGAAGACAACAUGUCGGUGUUCAGCGAGGAGCUCAGUGAAAUGGGUGACGAGGAAUUACAGGGUUUGGGAGACGACGUCAGAGCUGGAGCUAUGCAAGCCGUGGACCCCGUUCUUGUCGUUCCUGCAAAGGCACCACAGAAGAAGGCCCGGAAGAAAGCGCGAAAGAGAUGGUGA